AUGGUGGAGGAGAGCACGGGCGGGGCGGCGCGGGGGUCGCGGCGGGGUCCCUGCCGGCCCCCCCCGGCCCCCAGCCCCAAGAGGCUGUGGAGCGUGGAGCGCUCCGGGAGGGGCUGGCGCCUGGAGCGGCCGGUCGGGGUGGAUUGCAGCUCCCCCGAGCCCCGCUGCAUCUGGCUGAGCAGCCUGCGCCGCCACGCCGCCGCCCCCGACCCCCGCCCGCCCCCGACCCCCCGCCCCGGCCGCGGGCUGAGAACCGAGCGGUGCCGCCGGCCGACGCCGGGCCGGAGAGAUGGGGCGUCCCCGAACGCCAACGCGCCCCCGGAGGGGGGAUCCUUCCCCUGGGUGGGCCCCAAGACGGUGGCGCUGCGGAAGAGCUCCCAGGGCGGCUUCGGCUUCACCCUCCGCCACUUCAUCGUGUACCCCCCGGAAUCGGCCGUGCACUCGGCCAAGGAGGAGGAGAAUGGGAACCGAGCAGCAGGUCCCUCCCGGAGCCGCCUGGAGCCCAUGGACACGAUCUUCGUGAAGAACGUGCGGGAGGACGGGCCGGCGCACCAGGCGGGGCUGCGCACGGGUGACCGGCUGGUCAAGGUGAACGGGGAGAGCAUCAUCGGGAAAACCUACUCGCAGGUGAUCGCCCUGAUCCAGAACAGUGACGAUGUGCUGGAGCUCUCCAUCAUGCCCAAGGACGAGGACAUCCUCCAGCUGGCCUAUUCCCAGGACGCCUACCUGAAGGGCAACGAGCCGUACUCCGGGGGGGCUCAGAGCAUCCCCGAGCCCCCUCCCAUCUGCUACCCGCGGAAAACCUACCCCUUCCAGGCCCGGGGUGCCGAACCCGCCCCGGGACAGCCGCCGGACCCCCGCGCCCCCCGCCCGGCCACCAGCGGCCCCUCGCCCCCGCUCGGCGCCCGCAGCGACACCGGCGGCAGCCCCGCGCACCGCCCCGAGGAGCCGCAGCCCGGGGGUCCCCCGCCGCGCCCCGCCGCACCCCACGGGCACCCCGGCUCCUUCUCCCGCCCCUCCUCCGGGCGGCUCCCCCGGGACGUGUCGGGGAGCCAGCGUGUGCCCGGUCGCCAGGAGUGCCAGCAGGCGCUGUCGCGCUGGUUCUGCAGCCAGGAGCCGCGGCGCAGCGCCUCGGAGGAGCGGCGACACGCCAUGCCCCGCUACCGCAGCGUGUCCCACGACCGCCUCGGGGGCUCCGGGCCCGCGGCCCCUCGGGGCUGGCCCCACAGCGCCUCGCACGACACCCUGCUGCAGCCCAGCCGCGAGGGCUGGGCUCCCCGAGCCCGCUCCGACCAUUACCUGGGCAGGUACGGGCGCUCCAUGGAGGCGCUGGAGCCCAGCGCGCUGCUCUCGCAGCACCUCGAGCGCUCAGCCUGGCCGCCCGAGAGGCCUUCCUCCUCCUCCUCCUCCUCCUCAUCGCGGGAGCCGGUGCAGAAGCACCCGUCGCAGCCCAACCUGCAGAGCGCGGAUGACUCGGGCUACAUCGGCUACCGCAGCUACAGCCCGUCCUUCCAGCGCCGCACCGGGCUGCUGCACGCCCUGUCCUGCCGCGACCCGGCCUUCGGGGGGCUGCCCACCUUCAGCAUCGCGCAGCGAGCGGCGGCUCCGCUCAGGGACCCCGCGCUCAGCCCCGGCGCGUCCCCCACCGCCGCCCCGGCAGUGCCCAGCGCGGCCCGGGAGCCGCGGCCGGAGGGCGGCCGAGCGUCCGAGCCGCCGGAGGAGCGCAGGGAGGAGGUGGUGCUGCGGCAGAAGCCGCCCACGGGCCGCAAGAUGCCCGCGCCUCUGCGGCAGAUGAACUUCGUGUUCCCCGAGGGGGUGAAGGAGACGGACAUUUGUGAUCCGGCCGGGGCCGCGGGCAGAGGGGACAGGCCGGGGGGCGAGCGCCCUGGCCGGAGAGUGGCUCCCUUGGCGCCCCCCGAGGACUCGCUGGCGUCCAUCCCCUUCAUCGACGAACCCACCAGCCCCAGCAUCGACCUGAAGGCCAAGCACGUCCCGGCCUCCUCGGUGGUGUCCAGCGCCAUGAACUCCGCACCCGCCGUGGCCACCAGCCCCGCGUCGCCCAGCUUCGCCUUCGCCCUGUCCCGGCACUACUCCCAGGACUGCAGCAGCAUCAAGGCCGGCCGCCGCUCCUCCUACCUGCUGGCCAUCACCACCGAGCGCUCCAAGUCCUGCGACGACGGUCUGAACGCAUUUCGGGACGAGGGGAAGAUCCUAAGGAGGAUGCCCAGCCGGGUCCCCAGCCUCCGCAUGCUGAGGAGCUUCUUCACCGACGGGUCUCUGGACAGCCUGGGCACGUCCGAAGACGCCCGUUCCAAAAGACACUCAACCUCCGACCUCUCGGACGUGCCGUUCAGCGCCGUGAGGAAGGAGGGCUGGCUCCACUGCAAGCAGAUCCUCACCAAAAAGGGGAAGAAGGUCGGUGGAGGCAUCCGGCAGUGGAAGCGCGUGUUCGCCGUGCUGCGCACCCACUCGCUGUACCUGUGCAAGGACAGGCGGGAGGCGGUGACCUGCGCCCCGGCCCCAGGUGAGGAGGAGCCGCCGAUCAGCAUCCAAGCGUGCCUGGUGGACAUCUCCUACAGCGAGACCAAGAGGAAGCACGUCUUCCGCCUGACGACCGCUGACUUCUGUGAAUAUCUCUUUCAGGCAGAGGAUCGGGAAGACAUGCUGGCCUGGAUCAAAGUCAUCAGGGAGAACAGCAAGGCUGAGGGCGAGGACCCCGGUUUUGCCAGCCAAGCCCUUAUCAGCAAGAAGUUAAACGACUACCGGAAAGUGAGGUACGGACCGGGCCCUGCGGGCACCAAGCCCGACUCGUCCCCCAAGGGCCCUCGUGGGCUGGGGAUCCGAGCCGAGUUCCUGAAGCAGACGGGAACCAGCGCGCCCCGGUCCCCCAGGCAGGAGGCAGCCGUCACAAAAGAUGAAAGCAGCUCCCAAAAAGCCCCGUGGGGCAUCAACAUCAUGAAGAAGAACAAGAAAUCCGCCCCGCGCGCCUUCGGCGUGAGGCUGGAGGAUUGUCAGCCUGCCCCGGACAACAAGAACGUGCCCCUGAUUGUGGAAGCGUGCUGCAAGGUGGUGGAGGACCGCGGGCUGGAGUACAUGGGCAUCUACCGCGUGCCCGGCAACAACGCGGUGGUGUCCAGCCUGCAGGAGCAGCUCAACAAGGGAGCCACUGAGAUCAACCUGCAGGACGAGCGGUGGCAGGACCUGAACGUCAUCAGCAGCCUCUUGAAAUCCUUUUUCCGAAAGCUGCCCGAGCCUCUCUUCACCGACGAUAAAUACAACGACUUUAUCGAAGCCAACCGCAUCGAAGACGCCAGCGAGAGGAUGAGGACGCUGCGGAAGCUGAUCCGGGACCUGCCAGGCCACUACUACGAGACCCUCAAAUUCCUGGUGGGUCACCUGAAGACCAUCGCUGACCACUCGGAGAAGAACAAGAUGGAGCCCCGGAACCUGGCGCUGGUGUUCGGCCCCACGCUGGUGCGGACGUCCGAGGACAACAUGACCGACAUGGUGACGCACAUGCCCGACCGCUACAAGAUCGUGGAGACCCUCAUCCAGCACUCAGACUGGUUCUUCAGCGACAAGGAGGACAAGGGCGAGAAGACCCCCGUGGAUGAGAAGGAGGCUCAGUCCGUGCCCAACAUCGAGUACCUGCUGCCCAACAUCGGCAGGACGGCGGCGCCCGGCGAUGCCGCAGGUGAGGGGCAGCGCCCCGGCUCCGCCAAACCGAAGGGCACGUGGCCGUCGCGCAAAGCGCCGCCGCACCGGGAGCUCCUCGCCAUCCCCUUCGUCUCGGCCGCCGCCCGCAAGAGGAAGAAGAGGAGAGAGGCCGAAGGCGUUGGGAGCAGCACCGACGACGACGCGGAGCGCAGGGACGGCCCGGGCCGGCAGCAGGAGCGGGAGGGCCCCGCGGUGACACCCGGCAAAGCCCCCCGCGGCACCGGCACCGAGCCGGCGGCUCCCGGCCCGGCCGGGAUGGAGAGGGAAUGCUCCGCCGAUCCCGCGGGAGCCGGAUCCGAGCCGGCCCCGGACGCCCGCUCCAUCGUGUCCGGCUACUCCACGCUGUCCACCAUGGACCGCAGCCUGUGCUCCGAGGUGCACUCGGUGGCCGGGAGCCGCGGGGAGGAGGCGGACGACGAGCGCAGCGAGCUCAGCCACAUGGAGACGGACACGGAGAGCCGCGAGGGCGGCCGGCCGCGGCCGGGACACGCCGGGGUGGGGACAGGCGACGAGGACAAGUCACCCCUUGGCCGCCCCUCCUUCAACUCGCACCGCCUGAUCCAGUGCGACACGCUGGCCCGCAGGAAGCUGGGCAGGCCGCGGCCGGCCGGGGACACCGCGGGGGUGGCCAGCGGGGACGAGCAGAGCUGGGUGGCCCCCGGGCGACCGUGGCUGCGGGAGCAGCUCCGGCAGCACCUGCGGGGCUCCGCCGAUGACAUGGGGGUCCGCCUGCGCCGGGCGCACUCCCCCGAGACCCGCCGCAAGAAGAGCAGCUGGCGCCGGCACACGGUGGUGGUGCCCGGUGGCCUCAAGGACCUCAACUUCAACGAGUGGAAGGAACCGCGGGGGCUCGAGGGGACACCGGGACCCUGUCGCGACAAGGACUCGGGGCUCAGCAGCUUGGAGUCCACCAAAGCCCGGCCCGCGGUUGCCGCCCCGGCUCCGCCUGGCAUUGGCGGCCCGGGCACGGCCACCGAGAGCCCCCCGGGCAGCCCCGGCCCCCCGGCGCCCCUUCGCUUCCCGCAGUGUCUCUGA